AUGUUUCCCCUUUGGGUGCUACUCCUGCUGCAGUGGUCCACAACCAGAGUCCUCUCCUGUCCCUCUCUCUGCACCUGCACAUCUGCCCAGGCCACGGAGGAGCCCAGGUCUGUGCUGUGCAAUGACCCUGAGCUCCUCACUGUCCCCACCAAUGUCCCCGUUAACACAGUCAAGCUGAGGCUGGAGAAGACCCAGAUCUCCAGGCUCCCCCGUGCAGCCUUCUACAACCUGUCCGAGCUGCGUUUCUUGUGGUUGACCUACAGCGCCCUGAGAUCCGUGCACCCCAGCAGUUUUGUCAACCUGAAGACUCUCCGGGAGCUGCGACUGGAUGGGAACCAACUCACCGCUUUCCCGUGGGAGGGGCUUAGAGACAUGCCCCGCCUCCAGAUCCUAGACCUCCACAACAACCGCCUGUCCAGCCUCCCCGCACACGCUGCUUUGUCCCUGGCUAAUAUCACCUUCCUGGACCUUUCUAGUAACAGUGUGCCCAGUAAUCCUUGCCCUGUUGUAGCUGAUUUAGGCAUUCCUGACUGCUGUGUGAUGGACAUGUUUUGCAGGUUGGUUCUUUUACCCGCUGAGCUGCUUGACCUGUGGUUCCCUUUGCCUGGACAGCAGCAGACCACUGUCCAGAGGAGAGUUUUAGGUCUCCAUGAUAACCCGUGGCAGUGUGACUGUCAGAUCUCCAUGGUGGCGUCCCUGUCGGUGUCCCUGGGCAGCCCGGUGGUUUUGGUGGACCCUGUGCUGAUGUGCGUCCGCUCUGUGGGGCAGGGAGGGGCUCUGCUGAUGCCCGUGCAGUGGUCUCGCUGUAUGAGGCCCUCCGUACAGCCCGCAGCCACCCGCGUCGUGUCCCCCCUGGGCAGCAACGUCAUCCUGCGCUGUGAGGCCACGGGCUACCCCACUCCCACCCUCAGCUGGGUCAAAGCCGCUGCGCAUACAGACUGCUGCCAACAAGAGAUUCCCCCUGACGCUGAUCAGCUGCCAAAGAGCCUGCCAAGCUUCAUGCAGGGGAGUCCUCGCGUGGGUGUGCGCUGGUCUGUCAUCAGCCUGAACGGACUUUCCUACAAAGACGCUGGGGAGUACCGCUGCCAGGCUAAGAACAUGGCAGGUAUAUCCGAAGCCCCCAUCAAACUCCGCGUCUUGGGAUCCAGCAGAGCCAACCGACCGCAGAAGAAACCUCCUCUCCCUCCUCCAAAACAACCCCCUACGAAGUCCAACAGAAGACCCAACCAGGUUCCACCUUUGGAUUCUAUACGUGUAUUACAAGAGACACUCCAAAACUCCACAGCGCUGAACAAGACUUUAAUAUAUCCUGACAUGUCCAAAAUUACUCCGGAUAGAAAGACCAAGCGGCGCAAAAUGAAGCUACUAAACAAAUCAAAAACAGACGUCAAGCAGUCAAACAAUUCUACUUUACAAAGAGCUAUGCAAGUUGCGUAG